AUGGAAGCCGAUCGAAGCCAGCAGGGUUUAAAUAUCGAUGAUGAAAGUGAGUCACGCCAAGCAACUGCACCUGUCAGCAUUUGGCGUACGCUGCUUAACUCCGGCCCCACAAGUUUGGUUAAAACCGGGGCCUCAGUCGAGACCACCUCUGCUCAAACUAACGAUACCACGACGAUUAUGGAUUCAGCGCAAGACAUGGCAAACUUGGCUCUCGUCCAAUGGCCUGAAGGGCGCAAGCAACCAUCUGCCGAGGCGGAAGACGAGUGGGCUGGACUGGGAGACCCCAAGGAGCGGCGCAAGAGACAGAACCGAAUCAACCAGCGCGCUUUCCGGCAACGAAGACGCGCGCAGCAGAAAAAAGCCACCAUCCAAGACCAAAUCGAAGAAAUGAUCGCAAGGGGCGAAGUCACACUACUCCCGCGGACAUCGUCAUCAUCAUCAACAUCACCACAAUCCUCCUCAUCCACACACUACUCCCCUCCCUCAAACUCCGCCACAACCUCCACCUCCUCGCCCGACACAACCAACACCAACCCGCUAGUCUACACCUGGGAACGCCGCAUGUGCUUCCUCGGCGACGAAAUCGACAAACUCCUCGAGCGCUUCAGCCGCAACGCAGUGGAAAGCUACGCCCUCGGCUCCCCGUCCUCCGACCACCUCCUAACCCUCUGCAAAGUCAACGUCUUCCGCGCCUUCAUGACAAACAUGGCCACGCUGGGCAUGAGCGCGGGCCCCGAAUGGAUGGAGGACGAAGCCAUCUCGCCCUUCUCCACCUCAUCACCAGGAUACCUGCCCGAAGACCGAAUCCCGACUAGCCUGCGCCCUACGAAACUGCAAACAAGCACAAUCCACCACCCCUGGCUGGACUUCUUCCCCUUUCCACGGAUUAGAGAUAAUCUGAUUAUGGCAGGGGACUUCGACGAUCAUCCGCUUUGUCUGGAUAUCAUGGGGUUUUGGAAUGUCACGGAUGAGGCGUGCGGGUUGCUGGUUUGGGGGGAGGCGCAUGAUCCGAGGAAUUGGGAGGUUUCGGAGAACUUUCUCAGGCGCUGGCCGUGGGUUGUUGCUGGGUGUCCGGAGUUGUUGGAGUCGACGAAUCGGUGGCGGAGUUCCAGGGGGGAGAAGAUGAUAUUUAGGUAUUUAUGA